AUGGCCCAGAACGUUUCCACCAAUGUGUCUUCCGUGCCCCAAAACGUUACGUCCGAAUCAACAAGCCACCCGUGGACCUCGAUCACUGAAACCACACAAUGGAACGGCACACAUUCUGUGAAUCCUGAUAACGGGAUUGUUAGUCAUCAUCGGGAUCUGAUGGACUGGUCUAUGCUUCAUCCAGACUAUCAAGACAAUCGUGAAUUGCUAGAUCGCCCGUUGAUGGGUAUUGCCAUUAUUGGGGGCUUCUUUCUCACAAUCAGUCUACUCCUCGUGGUGGCAGUGAUUGUAUUCUAUUUGAAACGUAACACGGUUUUUGUCUUGGAGAAAAGUGUACACGGUGGCCUGUACCAACCGGGGGAUCAGUCACUUGUGAUUGGACAAACCGCACUGGCUCGUAAUAUGGGCAGGCGUACGGCUCGAUCGAAUGAUUGGCACUCCGGAGAGCCGGACUCCGUUAACGGAUUGGACGGAACUGAGGCAGAUGACACGGAUUCGGAUACGCAAUUCGAUUAUGAUGAUGCGAAUACGGAUGCGAAUACGAAUGAGCACCGAUCCAGACCAAUCAGUUUCGAUCAGCUGACCCCGUCUGGUCGACCAGUCCUCGGCUCAUACGUGAUUCGACCGGAUCAUUUGGUCUUUACAAAUCCGCAACACCGGAAGCAUAGUGCCACGUGUUCCCAUUCAAUCGCUCAUAACAACGCAAAUCGAUCACGAUCGUAUUUGUGUCCACAUGGAAAACCAUCACCGCCGUUCUACUCUACCACUCCCAGUUCUGCUCAAGACACGUGCCCGGGGCUUGAAUCGCAGUUACACCUCGAAACGAACCAAACACCACAAUCCGGCAGUCAAAUGAAUACCGUUCAUGCUCACCAGUCUCAGUCCACAGAUCGUCAGUCACUAGCACAGUCAGGUGACGAGAAAAAACAACCCUCACCACCUCCCAGACUUAACCGGUCACUGGUCAACUCAAACAGCAUGUCAUCUACCAGUUCGGAUAAGGAAAACAUCCAAGAGAAACAACAUCCGGAACCGCAUUUACUGGAUUCGAUCUGUGAGAAUGAAGAAGGUCCCCAAUCUGAAUGUAGUCUGUCGGUCGAUCAAAAGCCAUUGAUUGAUCAUGUAUCUGCUGUAUUCGUACAGACGCAUCCAGGGACGACGCAUCCACCAGAUUCCACGCCAUCGUUUUGA